AUGGCCACGGAUGAAAUCCCCCAGACCGCUGUGCCGGGCAAGAUCCUAGGCCCGACGACGCGGUACGCCGCCGGCCCGGGCACGCACGUCUACAACGGCAACGUCGUGGCCUCGCUGCUGGGCGACGUGACGGUGACCCCGUCGGCCAAGGCCCAGACGGGCCUCACGAAGCGCCUCAACCGCAUCACACAGCUGUCGGCCGACGAGUUGGCGACUAUCUCGGUGGCGCGGCGCGGCACUAGCAAGAAGCGCGAGGUGCUUCCGGACGUCGGCAACAUGGUACUAUGUCGUGUCGUGCGCUUGAUGCCCAAGCAGGCCAUCGUGACAAUCCAACAGGUUGGUGAUACGGUGCUGCAGACCGAGUGGCAGGGCGUCAUCCGUUCGCAGGACGUGAGGGCGACGGAGAAGGACAAGGUCAAGAUCUACGAGAGCUUCAAGCCGGGCGAUGUGGUGCGGGCCCAGGUGAUCUCUCUGGGAGAUCAGGCGAAUUACUACCUCUCCACCGCGGCCAAUGAAUUGGGCGUCAUCAUGGCCACUAGUGAGGCUGGCAACGACAUGGUGCCGGUGAGCUGGAAGGAGUACAAGGACCCGGAGACGGGCGUCGGAGAGCCGCGCAAGGUGGCCAAGCCGAACUGA